GUUGUACAGCUUGGUGGUCCUUUUGGUUGGGUUCAGCACAAUAUGUCCAGGGGCUCGGAACAUCGACAACAGUUCUUGUUUAACAAUGAAUUAGUUGCUCAGAUGUUGCCAAGUGGGCUUGUUUCCUUCAAUCGUCAGAUAGGCGGUCUUAAUCCGGAGAAACCCUUAAAGAAUAAGUUCCUCUACGACACCGUUAAUGGCACAGUUUAUAAAGUGCUCUCGGCGCGUCGCAAGGGUUUUAACGAGGCUCGUUUCUAUGCUGAGGUGUUUGCUCCUGAAAACGCUACUGACGCCGUGCUCAGUCGUCUGAAGGCCUUUUUGCCUGCUUAUCGUGGUCUCUUUCACCAACCGAGCUCUGGGAACUUCCUGGUGGCAAUGGCAGAUAUGCAAUGGGAGAUGGAGCAGCCUAACGCGAUGGACAUCAAAUUGGGACGUCAGAGCUACGGUCCUUUGGCCCCGGCCGAGAAAAUGGUCAUGGAACAAGCGAAGUAUCCAUGGCGGCGUCAGUUGGGUUUCUUCAUCACUGGAUUUAGGGUGGACGGUGCCUUCUAUGACCGUCUCUAUGGAAAGGCACUAUCUCCUUCAACGAUCUAUGAAAAAGGCAUAUGCUUAUUUCUCGAUGGGAAAGGCGAUGAAAACGUUAUGUAUCGCCGGAGCACCCUAGCGUAUGCGUUCGCAGAACGUCUGAAACAUCUGAUCGAGUGGUUCGAAGCGCAGACACUUUAUCGUUUCGUGGCCUCCUCACUCUUCCUCUGCUACGAUUGGUCCUCCCCAAGGUCGGCUGCUGAUCUUGCCUUUCCUAGUCAUCGGUUUUUGCGUCUCCACCUCAUCGAUUUUGCACGCUGGUUCAAGGUUUCCGACCUCAAUGUCGAUUCCUCCCAUGAUGAUAACUGUUUGCAUGGUCUGUACAAACUCCAAAGUUGCUUUCACCGUGCGUGUUCAGAGGCGUCAAGCAAACAGACUUCUGAGGCUGAUUUCUGCGUUCUCGACGUCUAG